UCACCGACCCGGGACACCGGCCUCUGGGGAGCAUCCGGCCUUUUCUUCCGGGCUCCACGGUUCCCCAUCCCGGGUGAGCAGCGCUUGGGCCGUACUGCGAUGUCUGUGGGAGUCCACAGCCGUCCCCCCGGGAGCCGGGCUCCUCCUUUCGCGCGUCUCUGCUGCGUCUCGGCCGCGCUGGGGAUGCUGUGGUCCCCCGCAUCGCUGGCGUUCAACCUGGACGUGGACAGGCUCACGGUGUACACUGGCCCCGAGGGCAGCUACUUCGGCUACUCGCUGGAUUUCUACAUCCCUGAUGCGCGCACAGCCAGUGUCUUGGUGGGGGCGCCCAAGGCCAACACCAGUCAACCGGACAUCAUAGAAGGGGGAGCCGUCUACUAUUGUCCGUGGCCCCUAGAGAGGUCUGCGCAGUGCAAGCAGAUACCGUUUGACACCACCAACAACAGGAAAAUCAGAGUUAAUGGAACCAAAGAACCUAUAGAAUUUAAGUCAAACCAAUGGUUUGGAGCAACAGUCAGAGCUCACAGAGGAAAAGUCGUGGCCUGUGCUCCUUUGUAUCACUGGAGAACUCUGAAACCUAAUCCAGCCAAGGACCCAGUUGGAACAUGCUAUGUAGCAAUUCAGAAUUUCAGUGCUUACGCUGAGCAUUCUCCGUGCCGGAACAGCAAUGCUGAUCCUGAAGGCCAAGGUUACUGCCAAGCAGGCUUUAGUCUAGACUUCUAUAAGAAUGGAGACCUUAUAGUGGGAGGACCCGGAAGCUUUUACUGGCAAGGUCAGGUGAUCACUGUCAGUAUAGCAGAUAUCAUCGCAAACUACUCAUUCAAGGAUAUUCUAAGGAAACUGGCAGGAGAGAAGCAGACAGACGUGGCUCCGGCUUCUUACGAUGACAGCUACCUUGGGUAUUCGGUUGCUGCUGGAGAAUUCACUGGAGACUCUCAGCAAGAAUUGGUUGCUGGUAUUCCAAGAGGAGCACAGAACUUUGGCUAUGUCUCCAUCAUUAAUUCCACAGAUAUGACCUUCAUUCAGAAUUUUACUGGUGAGCAGAUGGCAUCUUAUUUCGGGUAUACCAUUGUGGUAUCAGAUGUUAACAGUGAUGGCAUGGAUGACAUAUUGGUCGGGGCACCUCUCUUUAUGGAGCGUGAAUUUGAAAGUAACCCCAGAGAAGUAGGACAGGUCUACCUGUACCUUCAAGUGAGCGCCCUCCUCUUCCAAGACCCGCAGGUUCUCACUGGCACUGAGACUUUUGGGAGAUUCGGUAGCUCUGUGGCCCACCUGGGAGACCUGAACCAAGAUGGAUACAAUGACAUUGCCAUCGGCGCGCCCUUUGCGGGCAAGGAUCAAAGAGGCGAAGUGCUCAUUUACAACGGGGCUCCAGAAGGCUUACAUGCCACGCCUUCCCAAGUUCUGCAAGGAAUGUGGGGCUCCCAGGCCAUCCCUUCCGGGUUUGGCUUUUCUCUAAGAGGAGACGCAGACAUAGACAAGAAUGAUUACCCAGAUUUGCUUGUAGGGGCGUUUGGAAAAGGGAAAGUGGCUGUCUACAGAGCGAGGCCAGUUGUAACAGUGGAUGCCCAACUUCGGCUGCACCCGGUGAUUAUCAACCUGGAAAAUAAAACUUGCCAGAUUCCAGAGUUCCCGACACCCGUGGCCUGCUUUUCUCUAGGAGUCUGUGCAUCUGUAUCAGGCCAGAGCAUCUCAGACACAGUAGCCCUGAUCGCUGAGGUGCAGUUAGAUUUCCUGAAGCAAAAAGGAGCCAUCAAGCGGACGCUCUUCCUCCACAACCAUCAGCCCCAUCUCACCUUCCCCUUUGUGAUAAAGCAGCAGAAAUCGCUCCACUGCCAGGAUUUUCUGGUUUACCUUCGAGAUGAAACUGAAUUCCGAGAUAAAUUAUCUCCAAUCAACAUUAGCCUGAACUACAGUUUGGAUGAUUCCACCUUUAAAGAUGGCCUGGAAGUGAAGCCAAUUUUGAACCACUACAAGGACAAUGUAGUCACUGAGCAGGCUCGAAUCCUGGUGGACUGCGGAGAAGACAAUCUGUGCGUUCCUGACCUGAGGCUGUCGGCGAGACCAGAUAAGCAUCAGAUAAUUAUUGGGGAUGAAAACCACCUCAUGCUUACAAUAAAUGCAAGAAACGAGGGGGAAGGAGCCUACGAAGCUGAACUCUCUGCUAUGAUCCCGGAAGAAGCACAUUAUGUUGGGAUUGAGCGAAACAACAAGGGACUGAGGCCACUGAGCUGUGAGUACAAAAUGGAAAACGUGACCAGGAUGGUGGUGUGUGACCUUGGGAACCCGAUGGUGACUGGAACAAAUCUUUCUUUGGGCCUCCGAUUUGCUAUUCCCCGUCUUGAGAAAACAAAUACGAGCAUUAACUUCGAUCUCCAAAUCAGAAGCUCCAACAAGGACAAUCCAGACAGCAAUUUUGUGAGUGUGCAAAUCAACAUCACUGCUGUCGCUCAAGUAGAAAUAAGAGGAGUGUCCCACCCUCCGCAGAUUGUUCUGCCCAUCCACAACUGGGAACCGGAAGAGCAGCCCCACAGAGAGGAGGAAGUUGGUCCUUUGGUUGAGCACAUUUACGAGCUGCACAAUAUUGGACCCAGCACCAUCAGUGACACCAUUCUUGAAGUUGGCUGGCCAUUUUCUGCACGGGAUGAGUUUCUCCUUUAUAUUUUCCAUCUUCAAACUCUGGGACCUCUCCAAUGUCAAACAAAUCCUGAGAUCAACCCACAGGAUAUAAAGCCUGCUGCCUCCCCAGAAGACACCCCAGAGCUCAGCGCCUUCUUAAGAAAUGCUACGAUUCCUCAUCUGGUCAGGAAAAGGGAUGUGCCAGCGGUCCAGCUCCACAGACAGAGCCCUGCAAAAAUACUGAACUGUACAAAUAUCGAGUGCUUGCAAAUCUCUUGUGCAGUGGGACGGCUGGGAGGAGGAGAGAGUGCAGUCCUGAAGGUCAGAUCGAGAUUGUGGGCCCAUACUUUUCUCCAGUGUGGAUUCUUUGAUAGAGCAAGACCUCCCCAGGAUGAAAUGACAGACAGGGAACAAUUGACCAGUGACAAGACCCCAGAGGCAUGACUUAGAAACACAAAGACCUAAAAUCCAAGCACUGGUCCUGUUCAAAGACAGAAAGAAAGAAAAGGACACAAGGGCUAAAUGAUCGUAGCCUUCCAUACCUGCCAGCGACCCAGGAAAUGGAAGGGUGCCUAAUGAUCACCUCAUCUACUUCAUGCAUUGAUUGACAUGAAGAGACCCUUGGGGAAAAGAAACCACCAACAACUGUCAAAACAUUCAGCAGCCAUGAAGAUUCUUUUGCUUUCACCGUUUCACAUCUGGCCAGCAUUUUGAAAUGGCUGUAGGAACUCAGGCGGAUGCCCAGAUCAACCCAAUGCGACCUGCAAAAACAAUUCCUACAGAGACAAGAUGAAGUAAGAUUGAACACUACUGUAAUCCGAUGGAAUCUCUGAAACCUCCCCAUGGAAGAGAAACUUUUCUAAGGAUGUGAUGGCUCAGGGAGACAAGCAAUAUGUUGUCAGGACUGUGAAAGUACUUGUGAAACAACCAAAAUCAUUUCAUACAUGGAGGACUCACGAUGUAUUUAUUUAUGUUCUAUUUCUCGAAGGUAGAGAAAUGGGCCAUCUAGAGGAUUUGGAAAUUAAGAUUUGGUUAGCUAGACUUCAACAUCACUCAGCUUAUUUCGUCUUAAAAUAACUAGUCUGUGCAGAUAACACGUUUAAUUGGGCUUCUUCAUGUGUUACACACACAUUGGUAUUAGGGCUCUGUCUUGCUUAAUAUCUUGCUAUCUUCUACCUGGAGUUACUUUUCUUCAUUUCUCCAGGAACUCACAUCUGCAUAAUUCAACUUUACAGAAAUCUUUUAUUUACAAUUCCUUUUAUACAUGUAAAAAAAAAAAACUAUUUUCACUGAUUUCUUUAAAGCAUACAUUUCAAGGUACUCAAUACCCUAAUGAUGUUUAAAAGUACUAGCACAAUUUGUAAAGUCCAUCUAAAAAACAAUUUAAUGAUGAGUGAAUAUUAUCUUAAUAGCUAUAGUAAACAUCAGUAUUUAGCUUGAGAUUUAUACACUUGUUUUCAUUGUAAUACCUCACAUUUAUAUAAAAGAAAAAUUGUUGCCAAUAUACAAACUUAUACAAGUGUGAGAUAAACGAAAAACUCACUCCUAAGGACCUAAUAAUGCUUAUUAUGGCUUUAUCACUCACUCUUCACUGUUAAUCUUUCCUAGCAGGUAAUCUUGGAGAAUAAUCUUUUAUAUUUAAGCUGUUUUACCAUUAUUUUUACUUAAAUAUCCAGAAAACAUUGCUUAAAGCUCUUGUAAAUAAUCCAUAAUCAUUUGUAGUGUUAUCAUUUUGAAGUAAUAUUGACCAGCCAAAUUCAUAAGAUGGUCUGCACAAUUUUAUAUCCUUUUUAUAAAAAUGAAAAAAUUGCUAUGGAGAAAUGCUGAACAAAAUUUUAUGUGCAAUAUUUUAUAGACCUAUGUAUCUGAAGCAUGUUUACACUGGUGUUAGUUAUUUUUUAAUUAAUAUUCUGAAUACUAAGUGUGAUACAACAAGCUGACCAAAAUCCUAACGUUUACAAAGCAGUUGGGAAAAUCUGUGUCUCAAUUUCAACAAUGACACUUUAUCUGAAGGAUGAGCCAAACUCACAGUCAGUAAAUUUUAUGCAGUGCCUUGACCUGGAAAGGAGCCAUUUGGCUUCAGUUGCCACAGUUCCUCAGAAAGAAAAUGAAAGGCCCAGAGUCAAUCAUCAUUGCUGUUCAUCUUCCCCUGCUUGUCAGUUAAAUCUGUCCUGGUAGCUGGUUUCUGUCUAUCAGGAACUCAGAUCUAGUUCCCAGUCUGUGUGGCUAGUAGCUAUGAAGCAUUGCACUCACCUCAAAGAGUUUUUUAAGGGUUAGAUGCAAGCCUCUGGGAUGUCUUUACUGUUGUCUUUUUGGUAAGACAUUUUUAUGGGCAGAAAGCCAUCUGUAUGAUAUGAUUUGAGGGAUGACAAACAGCUCUCUCUACACCAAUGCUUCAUCUUUUGUGACUCCUGAUACAGGACAAAUACAAACUCCUCAGAAGUUUGGAAUGCAUCUCUGGUCUUAAAGGAACUCAGAGAACUCUUAGGGCUAAACAUAAGAACUUGAGAGACAGCCAUAUGGGACAAACUAAAGAUUCCAGGAGGAAGACAGGACCGACACUAAACAAAGUAUCAAAGGCAAACCAUGGCGUCCAAUAGUCCCAACUAUGGAAGUGCAGGAGGCUGUCAUACACACGCACACAGAAAACCAUGUCAGGUGAACCCUCUGCUGGCCUGUUCUUCAGCUUCCCAUCCUCAUAAAGCACACUGGUGAACAACAGUGCUCACGGCAUUGCUGACUCAUUUAUAACCCAUCUUGUGCUGGUCUUCAUUGGGAGUCUGUAUUUGUCUUCAAUAAGCUCUCUCUUCUGAUUCUCACGGCUAUUUUUUUAAGACACAGGGAAAUGAGCAGAUUUUAUAGACUGGGAGAUUUUUAUACAGUAAAGAUAUAGUGUUCUAGUCAUCACUGAAAUCCAAAUCUUAGAAUUCUUGUUUUAUUUAAAUACAUUGGUAGAGAUGGCAGAGAUUUUCAUGUACCUAUUUACACUGUCACCAAUAAAAUUAAAAA